AGACGCUUGGCUCCCAACCGAGUCUGGCGUCCAGGUCAGAUCGGACCCUCCGGAGGUGAGAAGGGGCCUCACUUAGGCUGACUGGCGGGACAGCCGACUCCCGGUCCCGGGUGCCUGCUUCUGACCGAGGAGGGGCUGGAGCUCCAGCAGAAAAGACCCCUCGUCUUCCUGGCAGCCCCUGAGAAACAGAGAGGCCACCAUGGCAAGACCCCUUCUUCCACCCCGGCUGAUCCUACUGCUGUCCUUAGCCCUGGGUUCCGCUGCACAGGAAGGCCAGGGGGACAAGAGUGGGGAGAAGAUUAUUGAUGGAGUCCCAUGUCCCGGAGGCUCCCGCCCUUGGCAGGUGGCUCUGCUCAAGGGCAAUCAGCUGCACUGUGGAGGUGUGCUGGUCAACCAGCAGUGGGUGCUCACCGCCGCCCACUGCAUGAUGAAUGAUUACAACGUCCACCUGGGCAGUGACCGCCUGGAUGACAGGAAAGGCCAGAAGAUCAGGGCCAUGAGGUCAUUCCGCCACCCUGGCUACUCCACACAGACCCAUGUUAAUGACCUCAUGCUGGUGAAGCUCAGUCGCCCGGCCAGGCUAUCAGCUAGUGUGAAGAAAGUCAACCUGCCUUCCCGCUGUGAACCCCCUGGGACCACAUGUACCGUUUCUGGCUGGGGCACCACCACCAGCCCUGACGUGACCUUCCCAGCAGACCUCAUGUGCACAGACGUCAAGCUCAUCUCCUCCCAGGACUGCAAGAAGGUUUACAAGGACCUUCUGGGAAGUUCCAUGCUCUGUGCCGGCAUCCCCAACUCCAAGACCAACGCCUGCAACGGUGAUUCCGGGGGACCACUGGUAUGCAAAGGUACCUUACAAGGCCUCGUGUCCUGGGGAACUUUCCCUUGCGGCCAACCCAACGACCCAGGUGUCUAUACCCAAGUCUGCAAGUACAUCGAUUGGAUAAACGACACCAUGAGAAAGCAUCGCUAAUCUCUCCAUACUCCCCUCUCUGCAUCCCUACGCCCUGAACAGGAAAUUCACAUCGACCUACAGUCAUGCUUGACUUUACCUUUCCUCAAAGACAUUUCAAAACCUCAGCAAUAUCCCAUGUGUGUAAGUCGAUCAAGUCUCAAAGCAAAACAAGAAACACAAAAACCUCGGUGCUGGUAAAGAUGCAGUGAGACGGGCACUCUCGGCCUCCUGACCUGUAAAUUUAUACAAUUUUUAUGGAAGGUGAUUGGGCAAUGUGAAUCAGAACUCUUAUUCACCAGCUUUGUCCCAGUAAGUUUAAUCCUGGGAUAUACUACUAAAAAAAAAUCCAAAAUGGGGAGCAAGGCUGGAAUGUAUCACCUUAUUUAUCAGAGCCAAACAGUGGAAACACUGAAUGGCUCCCAAAUCCGUGGAUCAUUGAAGUAAACAAUAGGCCAGCUGGGGGCAAGGCUAUUAUGAAGCUGUUAAGGAAAUAAUUAUGCAGAAUUGUCAGAGUUAUGCAAGGAUGUCUAUGCUACGUGAUGUUAAAUUAAAAAGGAAGGUACAAAAAAUAUGUAUGUAUGUGCUCCUGUUUAUGUAAAAUGAAAAUAUUCACAGAAUAAAAUCUAAAAGGACAUGUACCAAACUGC